AACUGAAAAGAGCUUGUUGUGUUGUGGUUGUGCCACUCCCUCUCUUCAAAAGAUAUGUUGGAUUUUGGAGAGGAGCUGAGCUUAGAGAGUUCUAGGAUCCCAUGCCUCAUUUGGAUUCAGCUCAUUGUUUUCUUCCUUCUCCUUGCUCUCUUCUUUCUCCUUUCUUUUGAUGAUUCUUCCACCGCUUCUCCUUCUUCUGCAUCUGCAUCUCCAUCUGCUGCCACCAGUCUUCUUCGUCAAAAAUCACUAGUCAACGGCAACAACCACCACCACCAUGUUUCUACCUCCACCGCUCUCACCAACCGUCUUCAGCAUACACGGGGGGCAGAGAACUUAAGUAUAAAAGGUGAGAUAGAAACAAGCUCAAGCACAAGGACAGUGAGAGAAGAGAUUGCAGAAAGAGAGGGUUCACCAUUGUAUUUCCUUCACCCUUGUCAUUAUUUCAAAUUAGCUAGAGUAGCAUUUCUCAAAUGUCUUGGAUUGGAUUCUACUGAAUCUGAUAGUCCUCCAAUCCGAAGGCCUAGGAAAAGAAAAGAGAGUUAGUUGAUUAUCAAGAUUGUAUAUGUUCCUUGUCAUUUAUCAUGAUAAGAAAGUUCCAUUAUUAUUCAUUUUUUUUUAA